AUGGUGGUACGGCAUGUUUGUUUCCAGACGUCAGGUGCUGUUUACAGCACACCGUACAGCCUUUCAGCGGCCAGCUGCUACAAGAUCAUCCACAGCUACAUUGAUGGUGGCUGCUACAAGAAGGCUGCCGAGUGGACUGACCCGCUUCAGCUUCAGAUCAGCAUUGAGGUUACACACCAGCUCGCCUUGGAGCCCCGUGUUGGUCUGACAGCUGCAGACCAUUGUUUCAAUAACAUCAUUGGCAUGCGGAUCCCCAAGGGUGAAAAAGCCGAGGCCCUUGUGUGGAAGCAGAAGGACUGGGCCUUGUGGAUGGCCCACGUGCCGCUUCACUUCUUUAAGGACCAUCGCCGGUCAGCGCAGUGUGUGCAGGAGAAAUCUUUUUUGGUUGUGAUGAAGUUGCCAGCGAGCAUCGAGUUGGGCACCCCCCCCGACGACAUGCCAGCCCCCAAAUGGCCUGCACCGGGCGCUGUCCCUGCCCGUCGGCCAAACCUGGACCCCGCACCAGCCCCAGCAAAUCUGGCCACACAUCGGAAACAACCAGCCUGUCCCACGUUGGCGCCAGAAGGCCGCAAUCAUGCUUUGGCAACCACCAACACCGCGUUCAUGGAUAAUGCCGUCACGGAUCUGCUGUGCGGCAUUAAGGUGGCGGAUGACUAA